CCCUGCUGUGCCCUGUCUGUAACUCCAGACUUUGACCCUGAACUCCAGUCUCGCCUGAGGACAGGAUAGCCCAGAAUCGGGAGCCUCCUCUGGGGAGACAGGAGCCUGUGCGCACAGCAACUGCCUCUUUUCUCCAGAAGUCUGGCACACCAGGCUGGCACGAUGCAUGUGGUAGUGGUGGGAGCAGGGAUCAUUGGGCUGUCCACCGCCCUCUGCAUCCAUGAGCACUACCACGCAGUCCUGCCGUCCCUGGAUGUGAAGAUCUAUGCAGACCGCUUCACACCACUCACCAACACCGACGUGGCUGCAGGCCUCUGGCAGCCCUACCUCUCUGAACCCAGCCACCCACAGGAGGCGCAUUGGAACCAGCAGACCUUUGACUAUCUCCUGAGCCACAUCCAUUCUCCCAACGCUGCAAACAUGGGCCUGACCCUAAUCUCAGGCUACAACCUCUUCCACGGAGCUGUUCCGGAUCCUUUCUGGAAGGACACAGUUCUGGGAUUUCGGAGGCUGACCCCCAGAGAGCUGGACAUGUUCCCUGAUUACAGCUAUGGCUGGUUCAACACAAGUGUGCUUCUGGAGGGGAGGAGGUACCUGCAGUGGCUGACUAAAAGGUUAACUGAGAGGGGAGUGAAAUUCUUCCAGCGGAAGGUGGAGUCUUUUGAGGAGGUGGCGAGAGAAGGCGCCAAUGUGAUUAUCAACUGCACCGGGGUGUGGGCUGGGGCUUUGCAACCAGACCCCCUGCUGCAGCCAGGCCGGGGGCAGAUCAUUAAGGUGGAUGCCCCUUGGAUGAAGAACUUCAUUAUCACCCAUGACCCAGGGAAAGGCAUCUACCAGUCCCCGUACAUCAUUCCAGGGAUCCAGGCAGUGACUCUUGGAGGCAUCUUCCAACUGGGGAACUGGAGUGAGGUAAACAAUAUCGAAGACCACAACACCAUCUGGGAGGGCUGCUGCAGACUGGAGCCCACCCUGAAGGAUGCAAAUAUUGUUGCCGAAUGGACUGGUUUCCGGCCAGUACGCUCCCAGGUUCGGCUAGAAAGAGAACAGCUUUGCUUUGGAUCUUCAGUCACAGAGGUCAUCCACAACUAUGGUCACGGAGGCUACGGGCUCACCAUCCAUUGGGGCUGUGCCCUGGAGGCGGCUAAGCUCUUUCAGAAAGUUCUGGAAGAAAGAAAGUUGCUCAGGAUGCCGCCGCCCCACCUCUGAAGAUGCCAGUGACUACUGCCCCCUCCCCACAGGAGCUCCCCACUUCCCUUGGCCAGCUGAUCACUGCGUUCCUCUGUACGUGCUCACCCCCUCCCCACUCCGCCUCUUUCCUUAAGAAUCAUGAGAUGAAACUGCAAGGUCAGUCCCUGGAGGUGACUCUGGCCCCACUUGGGGGCCUCUCUGAGGUCCCUCUACCCUCUGUGGGUCUGACAUAUGAAAAAUAGCUGAAGGCUGUUACUCCAUGAACCCUCAAAUGAAAGGAAAGCUCAGAAAAUCAAGAAGCAAGCAGAGAAUUGAGGAUCAUUGAGAUUAAGUAACUUGAUGACAAAUCACACUAACAUAUUAAAGGGUCUGAAAUGUCCUGCA